GAAGCGUGUGUUUCGCCUUCUCUUUUCACUUUGUUCAGUUACUUUCUCAUCUUUACCAUUCUCUUUCUCUCUCUCUCUCAUUCCCAUCAUGGCUUCCUCUAUUUCCACUGGAGUGAAAUUUGUUCCAGAAGAAGAUAAUUUCUUGCAGAGACAUGUCGCUUUUUUCGAUAGGAACAAAGAUGGUAUCGUUUAUCCCUCGGAGACAUUUCAAGGAUUUAGAGCAAUUGGGUGUGGAUAUUUGUUGUCAGCAGUUGCUUCUGUGUUCAUCAACAUAGGUCUCAGCAGCAAAACUCGUCCGGGUAAAGGAUUCUCUAUCUUGUUUCCGAUAGAGGUUAAGAAUAUUCACCUUGCCAAACAUGGCAGCGAUUCAGGCGUUUACGACAAAGAUGGACGGUUUGUGGCUUCGAAGUUUGAGGAGAUAUUUGCGAAGCAUGCACACACACAUCGCGAUGCUUUGACCAACGAGGAACUCAAACAACUACUAAAGGCAAACAAAGAACCUAACGAUCGUAUUGGAUGGAUUGCAGGGUAUACGGAGUGGAAGAUAUUGCAUUAUUUGUGCAAAGACAAGAACGGUUUGUUGCACAAAGACACAGUGAGAGCUUCCUACGAUGGUUCUCUUUUCGAAAAACUCGAGAAACAAAGAUCUUCUAAAACUUCUACGAAACAUCCAUAAAUCCCAAUCUAAAUUCAUUGUUAUGCUCGUGAAUCUGUUUAUAUAAAAAACUAUUAUUCAAUGUUACAGUAAUAUAUGGUGUGAAGAUUGUAAUGAGUUUUUAACAACAACAAAAAAAAUGGAUUGUAAUGUGUUUGAUUCUCUAAAUUUAUUGUUUUUCGUGUA